UCUGCGAUGUGACAACCACCAGCGAGCCAGAAAUGAGCGUCACAGCGGAGCCGACGAAGACGACAGGAGGAGUCCCGAUGAGGCAGCUCGCCGCCGGCAGGUCUUGACGGCUGCUCCCGCUGACCUGAGACGCCCCGCACCGCCGCAACACCGCACGGUUCCCGCACACACCGAAAACCCAGCGUAGCCGAAACCCUCCACAUCCCGUCGGUGAGCCUUGCAAGCGAUAAUGGCGAGCCUGGGCGACUGCUGUGUGAAGGUUGCGUUGAGGAUUCGUCCUCAGAUGGCCAAGGAAAAGAUCGAGGGCUGCCACGUGUGCACGCUGGUCACACCCGGAGAGCCGCAAGUCCUCCUGGGAAAGGACAAGGCCUUCACGUAUGACUUCGUGUUUGACGUGGACUCAGAGCAGCAGAACAUCUACCAGGCCUGCGUCUACAAGCUCAUCGAGGGCUGCUUCGAGGGCUACAACGCCACCGUCUUCGCUUAUGGUCAGACGGGUUCGGGGAAGACCUACACCAUGGGGACGGGCUUCGACGUGAGCCUGGGCCAGCAGGAGCAGGGCAUCAUCCCGCGGGCUGUUCACCAGCUGUUCGAGGGAAUCCAGAACCGGAAGCUGCGAGCCCAGGAGGCCGGCGGCCAGCCACCCGAGUUUAAAGUCAGCGCGCAGUUCCUCGAGUUGUACAAUGAAGAGAUCCUGGACUUGUUCGACGGAGCCAGAGAUCCAGAGAGUCGGAGCAGGAAGUCCAACAUCAAGAUCCACGAGGACGCCAGCGGCAGCAUCUACACCACUGGAGUCACUUCCAGACUGGUGCACUCAAAGGAGGAGCUGCUGCAGUGCCUGAAGCUCGGCGCUCUGUCCCGCACCACAGCCAGCACCCAGAUGAAUGCCCAGAGCUCCCGCUCGCACGCCAUCUUCACCAUCCACCUCUGUCAGAUGAGAGUGUGCCAGCAGCCUCAAAUGCAGAACGGAGGAGGAGAGAACGGGGAGCUGAACGGCGUGGACUCCAGCCCCAUCGCCCAGCCUGAGUACGAGACGCUGAUGGCCAAGUUCCACUUCGUGGACCUGGCCGGCUCUGAGAGGCUGAAACGCACAGGAGCUACAGGAGAGAGAGCCCGCGAGGGGAUCUCUAUCAACUGUGGACUGCUGGCGUUGGGAAAUGUGAUCAGUGCUCUGGGGGACCAGGCUAAGAAGGCAGGACACGUCCCUUACAGAGACUCCAAACUCACUCGUCUGCUGCAGGACUCACUGGGAGGCAACAGUCGCACAGUGAUGAUCGCCUGCGUCAGUCCAUCAGACCGGGACUUCAUGGAGACACUGAACACGCUGAAGUACGCCAACCGCGCCCGAAACAUCAAGAACAAGGUGGUGGUGAACCAAGACAAGACCAGCCAGCAGAUCAGCGCCCUGCGUGCCGAGAUAGCCCGGCUUCAGAUGGAACUGAUGGAGUACAAGGCGGGGAAGCGCGUGGCCUGUGAGGACGGUUCAGAGGGCUACAGCGACCUGUGUCAGGAGAAUGCCAUGCUGCAGAGAGAGAACGACACGCUGCGCCUCAGGGUGAAGGCCAUGCAGGAGACCAUCGACCACCUCAACACCCGUGUGACACAUCUGCUGGCCAACGAGGUCAGCGCCCUGCUGACCAAGUCAAGUGAAGGCAAUGAGGACAUCGGGGCUUUAAUCCAGAACUACAUCCGAGAGGUUGAAGAACUUAGAACCAAGCUGCUCGAGAGCGAGGCCAUGAACGAGUCGCUGCGGCGGCAGACGGCCCGGCUCUCCUCGCGCUCCCUGUUCCCCGCCUCUGCUCUCAGCCCCGCCCCCGGCCACCCCCCUGGCUCCUCCCCUGCUCCCAUGUCCAUGGAGGCGGAGAUGACGGACGUGUUGCGCCGGGCCAAGCUGGACAUCGAGAGGCUGAAGAAGAAGGAGAGGAGGCAGAGGAGGAUGAGUCCAGAGCUGGAGAAAGGUCUGAAGAAACGAGUGAAGCUGCACACUCACGAGAACGGAGAGAACGGGCAGAGCCGUGAAAACGGACAGAACGGACAGAACGGAGAGCUCGAUUCGGACGACAAUUACGCCGAGGACAUCAUGUCUCCGCUGCAGGAGGAGAGUGGCUGCGAUGAAGAUGAGGGCGAGGACGAGGAGGAGGGCAGGGAGGAGGAGGACGGGUUUGACAGCGACGAGAGCCUGGUGGAUUCAGACUCGGACUCUGAUGAGAAAGCAGCCAACUUCCAGGCGGACCUGGCCGAUCUGACCUGCGAGAUCGAGAUCAAACAGAAGCUGAUAGACGAGCUGGAGAACAGCCAGCGGAGGCUGCUGAUGCUGAAGCUGCAGUACGAGGAGAAGCUCAUUCUGCUGCAGAACAAGAUCCGAGACACUCAGCUGGAGAGAGACCGCGUACUGCAGAACCUCAUGUCCAUGGAGAACUACACGGAGGAGAAGGCCAACCGGAUCAAGCAGGAGUACGAGAAACGUCUUAAGGAGAUGAACCGAGACCUGCUGAAGCUACAAGCGGCACAGAAAGAGCACGCGCGUCUCCUCAAAAACCAAGGGAGGUACGAACGGGAGCUGAAGAAACUCCAGCUAGAGGUCAACGACAUGAAGAAAGCCAAGGUGGCACUGAUGAAGCAGAUGAAGGAGGAGCAGCAGAGGAGGAGAAUGGUGGAGGCAAAGAGGAACCGCGAGAUCGCCCAGCUGAAGAAGGAGCAGCGACGACAAGAGUACCAGAUUCGAGCGCUGGAGUCUCAGAAGCGCCAGCAGGAGCUGGUGCUGCGCAGGAAGACCCAAGAGGUGACCGCCCUCCGGCGCCUCGCCAAGCCCAUGUCGGACCGCGUGGCCGGGCGCGUGGCCCGCUGGAACCAGACCCCCCCAGUCACGGACUCUGGAGCCGAGCUAUCAGCAAGCACUACUGCAAGCAGCUCUGAGCCUGAGACCGGGAGGACUGUGAGCGGGCUGGUGAGACAGUGGAACAACAAAAACAAUGCGUUCGGAUACAUGGGAGAGAGCGAGGGGAGCAUGGAUGGAACCAGGGUCAUUGGCAGUAGGAAGAAGUUGCAGCGUAAGCCAGCAGGUCUGGGCAGCACUGGAUCGCCGGGCAGAGCCAGCAGUUUCUCCAAGUCUGCCCGUCAGAAGUGGCAAGCCCUGGAGCGUCGCGUUAUGGACAUCGUCAUGCAGAGAAUGACAAUCGCUAAUGUGGAAGCUGACAUGGAUCGCCUCAUCAAGAAGCGAGAGGAGCUGACGGUCCAGCAGGAAUCGCUCUCACACAAGAGGGAGGUGCUAAUGGCGGACGGGGAGGGACCAGAGGCAGAGGACCGCCUCCUUCAGGAAAUUAACGAGGAGAUUGAGGUGCUGAACGCCAAUAUAGACUACAUCAACGACAGCCUCUCUGACUGCCAGGCCACCAUUGUACAAAUAGAAGAGACUAAGGACGAGUUGGACUCGGUGGACACCUCGGUGGUGAUCAGCUCCUGCUCGCUGGCUGAAGCGCGCCACCUGCUGGACCACUUCCUGAAGGCCUCAAUAGAGAAAAGUUUACAGGUGGCUCAGAGAGAGACUCAGAUCAGACUGCUGGAGGGUCAGCUGAGGCAAACGGAUGUGAUUGGCUCGUCACACAAUCACAUUAUCCUCGAUGCCCUGCGAGAGAAGGCAGAAUACAUCCCUGAGCUCCAGGCUCUUAUCCACAAUGUACAGCAAGAAAAUGGUUACGCCAGCACAGACGAGGAGCCCUCUGAGUUCAGCCAAGCCUCUGACAGCAGUGUGUCUCAAAUGAAAGAAUCCAACAGCCAAGAUGACAUCAAGAUAAAGAUGGAGCCUCGUCUGUCAGCUCAGAUGAAGGCGGUGUCGGCGGAGUAUCUGGGUCCCAUCCUGGACCCCUCAUCAGGCAGCAAGCAGCAGCACAUCACCAAGUCGCUGGCCUCGCUGACGGACAUCCAGGAGGACGGCCUUAGCCUGGCGACGGCGAGCCUGGGCCUCAGCCUGGCCCUACGAGACCCCUACCACAGGGACCGGGUGUCCCGCACCAUCAGCCUGCCUGUCAGAGGACACACCUUUCCCAGGCAGUCUCGGGGUUAUGACACUUCCCCUAUAACAAGGCGGAAAUCUUACGACCGUGCGUACAGGCCCACUGACGGCUAUACGCCCCCCUCCUCCCCUCCUCUGAGGACCAGGAACGACCGCAACGUCUUCUCAAGGCUCACCAGCAACCAAACCCAAGGUUCUGCUCUGGACAAGGGUGUGAUCAAUCCCAUCGGGGGUGUGAAGGGGGGACGGACGGCGCCCCUGCAGUGCGUUUCUGUAGCCGAGGGCCAUUCGAAGCCGGUGCUGUGUGUGGAUGCUACAGAUGAGCUGCUGUUCACUGGAUCUAAAGAUCGUACCUGUAAGAUGUGGAACCUGGUAACAGGCCAGGAGAUCGUCACCCUCAAAGGCCACCCAAACAAUGUGGUGUCAGUCAAAUAUUGUCCUUCCUCCUGUCUGGUCUUCUCUGUCUCCACCUCCUACAUCAAGGUGUGGGACAUCCGUGACUCUGCCAAGUGUGUCCGCACACUUACAUCUUCGGGGCAGGUGGUUUCAGGUGAUGCAUGUGCGGGCACCACCACACGCACAAUAACCUUUGCACAGGGCGAGUGUCAGAUCAACCAGAUAGCACUCAACCCGUCAGGAUCUGUGCUCUACGCUGCAGCUGGAAACACUGUUCGCAUGUGGGACCUCAACAGAAUGCAAGGGAUGGGGAGGCUGACAGGCCACAUCGGCUCUGUCAUGUGUCUCACAGUGGGCCAGUCUCUGCUGGGCAAAGACCAAGUAAUCACUGGCUCCAAAGAUCAUUAUGUCAAGGUGUUUGACGUGGCAGAGGGCACUCUGGGUAACGUAGGUCCAGCUCAUAACUUUGAGCCGCCCCAUUAUGACGGCAUCGAGUGUUUGGCCGUACAAGGAGAUGUGCUGUUCAGCGGGUCGAGAGACAACGGCAUCAAAAAAUGGGAUCUGGAGCAGCAGGAACUCACACAGCAAAUCCCCAACGCCCACAAGGACUGGGUGUGCGCUCUGGCGUACGUCCCGGGCCGGCCCAUGCUGCUGAGCGCCUGUCGGGGCGGCAUGCUGAAGGUGUGGAACGUGGACAACUUCACCCCCAUAGGGGAGGUCAGAGGUCACGACAGCCCCAUCAACGCCAUAUGUACCAACUCAAGACAGAUCUUCACCGCAUCUAGCGACAAGACGGUGAAGAUCUGGUCGUCAAAGGUGUGGAGGAAGAGGUGACAGCCGAAGUGGUUCCUCUGUCGGUCAUCUUGCUGCUACUUCAGCCUCUGAUCUGUGACCUGCGCGCUUCCAGUGCUGAGAUGUGACACUGAAAACACUGUUUCCAAGGCAAUCAAGGUGUUUUCUUUUGCUUUGUCAAGGUGCAAAAUGACAAAGCCGAGGCAAAAUAUGUAUUCAAAGGCAAAAAAAAACAACAACAAUUUGCCUUUCAAAUUUUUUUACUGCCAAUUUGAAAGUGCCAUUCAGGUGCGAUGUUACUUGGACAAGAUAAACCGUACCUUCCCGGCCGUGGAUGCACCAGGAUGAACAAUUCCUCUCCUGACAUGAAAGCUACCACAGCCGGGUAUUAAACGGAAAAGAAAAAGUGUCCUUCUGUUCUGUCACCAAGGUUUCAGAAUCCUUGUGGAACAGUGAGUGAUGAAUUUACUCAAAGACGUGUGCGUUCAUGUGUCCGCUGUCAAGACGCGGGUUGAAUUUGAAUCCCAGAGGGACGUUUACUAACAACUGGGACCUUUGUUGCUCCAAUCAGGAUGCUGAACACAUUGGAGGCUCAUACUAUGUGUUAAUCGUGGUGGAUGAUCAAUAGACAGUUACCGAUCAUGGACGAGACAUCGCCAUCACUUUUUACCCUUCCACUCUUGGUUGACGUGGCUCUCAGUGUUUCACUGAAACUUUAUUGCGUUCCACAAGUCGUGUUAAUUUUUUUAAUGACUUUUACUAAUUUAUUAUUUUCCCUACCUCAGUUGUUUUGGACAUGGCGCGAGGUGGGAGGGAACAUUUUUACGGGUCUCUGUACAAACACCUGGUGCUUGAUAUUUUUAAAGGCUGUUAUUUAAUGCCUGGCUCUUCAUCUCUGUGUGGAUGUGUCCUCUGUGGCCCUCUGGCUAUCAGACUGUCUAGUUGCUGACCUUGCCAACAGGAAAGCACACGUCCAGUAGCACAACUAAGGUAGCACUGGCCCCCGGAGGAUUCUGACUGGAUUGUAUUAGCUGCUCUGUAAAGUGCUAACUGCGGUGAAAAUAAGAAACACCCCUGCAUAUGCACAAGACACAAGCAGUGCACACCAACAGUACACACUCUGACAUUUAUGAGUUGGAUACUCCAUUGAGGCCAAAGUGCUGGAUCAUUAUCUCGACCAUCCAACUAUAUGUGGCCCAUGACUGCUAUUUAUCCUGCACACAAAUGUUGAUAGGAGCCCUACCAGUUUUACCCCGCCUGCUUUCAGCUCCACUCUGAUCUUUAAGGUUAGCGACUGUGUCAGACUGACCAGCCUUACUGAAGAGUCCACCUCCUUCCCCGCUACUGAGCUUCUCCGGGAAGCCUAUUUAAUUAGGGGUCUCGCAGCUCUACCGGCUGCUUUUCAGGCAAGAUUACUUGGGUGAAAGUAGGUCAUAACUGAGAGGGAUUUCUUAUUAAAAUCCCAAUUUUCUUCCACCCACUAUUUGCUGCUACAUUUAAAGGCGGGAAGAAACUUCCUGUACCAGUGCACUGAUGUACAAAUCUGUUUAUGUGUCAGAUUAUGCGUGUGGGCAACACACACAUAUGCACAAACUAUGGACUCACACACACAAGAUUUCAGUGGAUGUUGCGGUUAUCCAUCUCGCCUGAUAGGUCUUGGCAUCCCUCACUGUGUUGAUUUAGUGUCUCUUUAAUGAAACAAAUUCAGCACUGCAGCACUCCACUGACACACGUACAUGCACAUAUAUACGCACUCCUACAGUAAUAACCAACAAAAUAACAGUCAGUUCUGUUAUCUUUUUGUUUUGAAUGCAGAUAAUGGCAUUCUCGUCACUUUCAGCUUGUGAACGUGGGCUUUUUUGUGUCAGUCCAAAAUGACACGCAACAUUUAAAAGUCUCACCGCUUGAUGAAACCCCGGUUCAUGCCUGUUAGUAUCACACUUUUGUUGUUUAACUCUGACAUGUCACUGCUUCUGUUGGAAAAAAAAGAAUACUUGGGUGGUUUAGUGCACUUUUCCUCCCAGAGUCCCCGAAACAUGCAGAAAGCUUGGAUCAUAAUGUUAGUUAAAAAUUUAAACAUACUUUUUUUGCAAAUUCUCCUCUUAGAGGCAGAAUGUUCCGCCAACAUGAGUUUGAAGCUGCUUACACUCUCCAAAAGUAAU